ACAUAAAAAUAAUUAAUCACUUGAAAUGUAAAGCAUUAAACAACAACCAAAAAAAAAAAAGUAUACAGCUCAUAAACUAAACACAGUUUUGCAAACAUAAUGAGGAGUCAUUUUGACCCCUUCGGUCAUUUUAAGCAGGUUUACCUGUUUUAAGUCUUUCUGCCUUUAUACACGAAAAAUCAUUGACACUCAAAAUAAAAAUUGUAUUACCUAACCUAUCUCAUACGAGGGUUAAAAUGAUCCAAGCGGUCGUCCCAGUGUGUUAAAUUAAGUAGCAAAUAAAUGUGUGACAAGUUUGCCAUCUUGUCUUAAAGCGACAAUUAUUAAUGAGUUGUUUUACUAAAUUAAUAUUUUCCGGUUAAUACUUCAUAAAAUAAUACAAUUGUGCAAAGCAUAAUAAAAUUUCAAAUGCUAUAGAGUGCUUUAUUAAGAAAAAAGCUUUGCGUGUGUCUACGAUAACCUUGGCCUCAUUUCCUCUUUCAAUGUAAAGGUCUUACCUGUUGCCAUAACAAAAUAAUGAUAUCGGCGCCAUUCGUCACACAAAAAGCUUAAACACUUCAGUUAUCGAACGGGUAGUAGUUUUCGUUUAAAUUUUGCAUUUAUUAUCCAUUUUUAAUUAAUUUGUGUAAAAUUUUAAAAUAGCGAUUUAAGUAUCGUUAUUGAAAGUUAUAUUUCUCUAGCGAUUUAUUAAGAAUUUCGAUUCAAAUGUCAACCAAAGUUGCUGUGGUAACAGGUGGAAACAAAGGAAUUGGAUUUGCAAUUGUUAAGGCACUUUGUCAGAAAUUUGAUGGACACGUUUAUCUGACAGCAAGAGAUGAACAAAGAGGAAAGGAUGCUGUGAAUAAACUUGAAAAAUUGGGUCUAAAACCGAAAUUUCAUUUAUUGAAUAUUAGUAAUUUGGAAAGUAUUCGCCAAUUACGCGAUUAUUUGAAAGAAACCUACGACGGUUUAGACGUUUUGGUAAACAAUGCUGGAAUUGCUUAUAAGAUGGCUUCUACAGUUCCUUUCCAUGAACAGGCAGAAAAUACCAUAGCUGUUAACUUUUUCGAUACUUUGAACGUUUGCAACGAAUUAUUUCCGAUUCUAAGACCACAUUCUAGAGUUGUAAACAUAUCAAGUGUCUAUGGAAUGUUAUCAAAAGUUGGCAACGAAGAUAUACAGAAGAAAUUUUCUUCUCCAUAUUUAACCAAAGAAGAGUUAUGCGUAUUAAUGAGAAAGUUUGUUCAAGAUAUAAAAGAUGGCGUACACGAAAAGAAUGGCUGGUCUAAUUCAACGUAUUGUGUUUCUAAAGUAGGUGUUUCGGCACUUACUUUUAUUCAACAAAGAGAAUUUGAUGAAGAUUCUCGUCCCGAUUUGGUUGUAAAUGCCGUUCAUCCGGGAAUUGUUGAUACAGAUAUGACAAGUCACAAAGGUGAACUUACUCCAGAACAAGGUGCAGAAGCUCCUGUAUAUCUUGCCUUACUUCCACCAAACGUAGAGAAACCAAGAGGACAAUUUGUUUGGAAUGACAAAACGAUUGUCGAUUGGAAACAACUUGCACCUUUAUAAGCAUGGUAAUAUCAUAAAUAUUAUAUCAUCUCAAUCAAGAUAACAUUUAAUGCUGAAAAUUUCAUUUUGUUUUACAAAUUACAAAAAUUGUACAUAGUAUACAUAUUACCAUUAACUGAAUAUUAUUAAUACAUAUGUAAGCUAUAUAAGGAUAAAAUUGCCUUUAUUUGAACUAGUAUAAAAGGCAUAAAAUCAAGCAGAACAAACUAUAAAUACUUUAUUAGUCUUGUUAUACGGGAUGCUAUGUAAAGAAUGUAAACCAGGGAAACGCUUAAUAUUGUAAAAAAAUGAAAUUCUUAAGAAUUAUUGGCUUCAACGCAGUAUUUUUUUUACGAAUUGCACCAUUGAUGUAAGAGAAAGUGGGCAGAAGCUCUCUUUUUUUUUGCUAUAAUUUUGUAUAAACAAAAACAAUA